GUUCCAUGGCAUAUUUCAAAGCCACCCACCCCCCAGCAUGGCCCAGGCCCCCGGCUCCCGAGGGGGAAGCUGCCCACAUCCUGCAAUUGGAGGAAGGCCGGGGCUGUGACUGCUGUGAGGAACCAGGGAAUGGAGUGUCGCUCAUGCUGGGCAUUUGCUGCCGUCUCCAACAUCGAGUCCCUCUGGAACAUCCACUUCCACCAGCCCCGGAACCUCUCGGUGCAAGGAGGUCUGACCAGCGAGGAUGACUACCCCUACACAGGGAGAGAGGAGAAAUGCAAGAGCUGUGAUGAUCGUGGUGCCUAUAUCCAGGGCUUCCUGACGCUGCCUAGAGAUGAGGAGGAAAUAGCUGCACAUGUCGCAUCUCAGGGCCCAAUCACAGUUACCCUGAACUCGGCUGCCAUGAAGCAUUAUCAAGAGGGCAUCUCCCUGCCAUCAGUGAUCAGCUGCAGCCCAGACUAUAGGGAUCAUGUUGCUCUGGUGGUUGGAUUCGGAGCUGAGAACAAAAAGCCGUACUGGGUCAUCAAGAACUCCUGGGGGGAAGGAUGGGGAGAGAAGGGAUAUUACUGUCUCUAUCGUGGCACAAACGCCUGUGGUGUCGCCGAGUCCCCUGUAACAGCCAUUGUGCAACGCUUAGGAGCCCCGGGAAGCAAGGUCCACUGCCCCCCUUGAACAGGGUGCUGCUGCUGCAGAGAGGCUGCUGACUCCCCUGCAAUGACCUCUGCCACCAUCAAGACAGAAAAAACUGGUUGGCACCAUAGGCCUUCGCUGUGUGAUGGGGAAAUGAAUUCAAUACUCAGACCACUAUAGCUCCACACCCACAGGUACCAGAGCUGGGUUCGGCCCUUCCAGCAGCACACAUGCAUGCACUGUCCCCGAGCCCAAACCCCUUUCCCUUUGCUGGAACAAUGAAUGGGGCCUGUGAAAUAUCCAUUAAACUGCUUUUCUGUGCUCGGUGUGGCCCCUUUGGUUGAUGGGGGUUUAAUGGUUUAUCUGCAUGUAUCUCCCUGAAACUUCCAUGCUGUAUACUCCACACACUGACAUCCUCGGUAAAGCAACUGUGCUGGCUUUAUUGGGAUGCUGUGAUCACAGCUCAGGUUUCUAAGUGUUGCCCCCAGGUUUCAGGGAUGGAGGGAGGGAGGGUAGAACUUUCUUUGAUGCUAAA